ACGGACGAAAGCUUAUUUUCCAUCUCCAGUGGAUGUUUGUCUGCUUUAGAUUGCACUAUGUGGCGUCUUCUAGCUGGGUUCGUGCUUCUGCUGUGUGCUGCAGAUGCCACUCCAGUUGGUGUCAGGACAGCUCCUGAUUUUGGAAAGAUGUAUCAUGUCAAAGGUAUGCUGUCUUUGCCUUAUUCUGGUGAUUCUACGCUAAAGGAACCGUUUGAAGUUUGGUACGACCUUGAGGGGAACAGAAGUCGCAUCGACUAUCGUAAUAGUACAGUGCGCACUUUUCUGAUUGGAAACGACUUGGAUUAUGGUGCCAUUUACCAGAUCACACCAGUUACCACUGAGACUGAAAUCCAAGCUAUUAAAUAUUUCCAGCUUAAUGGUACAAAGGAGGAUCCAAUACGUCCACAGACAGCACUGCCUGAUCUGCAGGGCUUUGAAUUUGAGAAGAUGGAGGAUUACGCAGGCGUUCAGUGUGAGGUCUGGAAAAAGGUCACACAGGCCGGUCAUAAGAAGAACACAUAUCGUCUGUGGGUCACACGUCCAGAGGGAAAUGAUUCCCCAGCCGUCCCGUACCACUUUGAGAUGAUGGGCUUCAACACUCUCUUGGAGUCUCACAAUGACAAAUACAUGAUUGACUACAGUGACUUCAGUCCCCAAACUGAGUCGGACAUUUUCACUCCCCCUGGAGGUUUUAUGUGUUUAGAAAUGGCGUAUGAGGAGUUUCCGGAUCCUCCUGAGGAGCAUCAAAUAUUGGCCAACCCCCUUCAAGACUAUGUUCACACCUCUCCUGUUAGCCACGCCCACCGUUUGUUUGGCCCCUUUAAGGAGAAGUUUAAACGUCAGUAUGCAAGUGAGAAGGAACACGAGGAGCGCGAGAGCUACUUUGUACAUACUCUUCGGCGUGUGCACUCUAUGAACAGAGCCGGUCUUACAUUCAGCCUCGGUAUCAACCACUUCGCUGAUCGGUCUAAGGCAGAGAUGGCCAGGAUGACAGGAGGUUUAUUAAUUCCAAAUAAGAAAAAGGCUGUUACAAAAUAGUCCUCACACAUUUCUUUGAGUCUGUUGCCAACAUAUGAUACAGUAUGAUAAACUUUCUCAGACUUUCUAAGAGUUUGUCAUUAAAAUCUAAAGGUUAAAAAAAUGUGAAAUCAUUGUUUUAAGUAGUUCAACUAACUUAAACUGUCCUCUGAUGAGAAUAGUGGUAAUUUAAUCUUUUUCUAAAUCAUCAUCAUAAUUACAUUUGGUUUAAUUGAGUAUCUGCAUCUUCAAGCUAUUUUGGCAAGAUGUAUAAUUUUCAGUUUAGGGUUUGUAGCUGGUCUUCUGUGUAUAAAGUGUUGAUGGUGACAUUGCUUAUCGAAUCUCAAAUGUCAUUAAAUACUAAUGAUUGAAAUACUGAUUAAAGCCAUAAGUUUUAUCUUUGAUUAAAUGUAACAUCAGUUCUGACCAAAGAUUUUGUAUCAAAUCAAUAAAUAAACUUCUGUGUCAGACUAUUCAAAAAUCUGGUUUAAAACCAUAGUUCACUUUAAAAAAAACUUUUGCUGAUAAUUUACUCACCCCCAUGUCAUCCAAGAUGUCCAUGUCUUUCUUUCUUCAGUCGAAAAGAAAUUAAGGUUUUUGAUGAAAACAUUCCAGGAUUUUUCUCCAUAUAAUGCACUUUACUGGGCACCAAACGGUUCAAGGUCCAAAAGACAGUUUCAGUGCAAACUGCAAACUGUUCAAAGGGCUUUAAACGAUUCCAGACGAUGAAUAAGGGUCUUAUCAAGCGAAACGA